AUGGCCCUCUUGCUUCGCCUCGCCGGAGGCUUCGGCGUCGUCCUGCUGCUGCUGCUCCUGCUUGCCGGGCUGAUAUACUAUCUCUGCCUGCUGCCGCCCACGGAGCCGCGCGGGAUACCUUCCAUCCCGUUCUGGGUUGCGCUUCUUCCGCUCGUCAAGGACGUCGACCAGCAGGUCGUCUUUGCGCGAUAUAUAGAAAAGCCUCUGCGGACCCACGGAGCCGUCAAGAUAUUUUUCGCCUCCAAGUGGAACCUUCUCCUUCACCGGCCCGCCUUGCUCGCCGACCUGUUCAAGCAUGAGGACCGGUACCAGAAGAGCGGGAACCAAAAAAAGAUUCCCGGAAGCGUCCUCGCCUCCUUUCUGGGCGACAACAUCAUAUCGAGCCACGGCCAGAUCUGGAAGUCGUACCGGCAGAUCAUCCAGCCCGGCUUGCAGAGGCAGUUUGAUCUCGACGUGCUUCUCACCAACGCCGACCGGCUGUGCGACAUGCUCGUCGAUUCCCAAGCCGACAAAUCGCACAAUGGUGACGGCAUAUCGGUCCAGGCGAGCAUCCAACGACACACCAUUGCCAACUUUGCCCAGGUCGUUUACGAGGUCGACCUUGGCAAGACGCUACGAUCGAAGGCUGCCUACCUUGACCACCUGCAGCGGAGGAUCAAGCGCGAGAUAUUCAAGCCAAUAUUCAUGAAUUUCCCCUUCCUCGACCGAUUGGGCUUUCCGAGCAGGAGAAGAGCUCGCCUGCUGGCGGCCCACUUUACGGACCAGCUCGUCGAGGCCUUGGAACGCGCGCAUCCGACGGACGUAAAGGAGCCGCGAAACCUGCCCUGCUCGCUGCUGGCGGCAAGGAAGACGGGGGAGUUGACCGAGCAGCAGUUUCGUGACAACGUUACCGUUCUCUUCGUCGCUGGCCAGGAAAACCCUCAGCUUGCUAUCCUGUCGACAAUGUAUCUGCUGGCCAAGCACCCCGAAAUCCAAGAGCGGCUUCAUGAUGAAGUCGUCGCCGCAGGGAGCCAAGUGCCCACCCACGAUGUGCUGCAGAGCAUGCCCCUUCUGACCGCCAUUCUCCUCGAGAGCCUGCGACUUCUUCCCCCGAUCGGACAGCUGCUCAACCGUCGGGCGGCCGAGCCGCUGAUUCUUGGCAACGGCAUCUUCGUCCCGCAAGGCACGUACCUGGGGUACAACUGCUACUCGACGAACCGGGAUCCGCUGGCUUGGGGCAUCGACGCGGACCAGUUCCGCCCCCGGCGAUGGGGCAGCAACGCUGCCGACAUACAGCGAGAGUUUCGCCGGCGGAGGGCGCGCGCCGAGUUCAUCUCCUUCCACGGCGGACGGCGAGCCUGUCUGGGGGAGCGAUUUGCCAUGCUACAGAUGAAGGCGACACUCUUUGUGCUGGCCAAGCGGUUGAGGUGGAAAUUGGACUCCACGUGGGAAGAUAAGAUGACACCGAAACACCAGGUGAUGCCUCGCAUGAGGUAUCUGCCCAACGCCUACGGGCUAUUUCCCACGUUGAGGCCCGAAGUCGGGGACGAGCUGAAAGUCCCCGUUGCACAAGAACAGAAUCACACGAACUGUUGGGGGAUCAAGGAAGAAUAUGGAUGGUUCCGUACUAUCUUUGUCGCGUGA